AUGCUGGCCAGUCGAGGUCUCAAGGACACAUGGCCAAGCCUCCUGCAGUUACGCGGAGCCCACAAACAUCAUGAUGGGCAGUCUGGAGCAGAUAAGACCAUGGAGGAUUCCAUUCGGACUGCUCAAUAUCAUCCACAAUCAGGCUAUGUCUACGGAGACGGACAGAACAUAUUUCAGCAAAUUCAGAAUGAUGAACAUGAGCCAAAACGGACACACAAUCUGUACUGGCCCUUUCGCGAUCAUGGAGAGUGGUCACUCGGUAAAUUUCUAGUUGAGACCAUGAUGCAGACAGAGAUCGAUCGUUUUCUCAAACUGUCUUGGGUAUUCUAUAUGAUCUUGCUCGAGAACUAUUGUCCUGGAUGGACCUUUGACCUCCCGGGCCGAAAUGGUGUAUCACGCAGUUUGAAGUCCAGGGGUACACCACCAGCUGCUCCCAUUCAUCUAAUAUGGCGUGAUGGCCUUGAAGUUGCGAAGAGCCUCUUUGGCAACCCAAUUUUCGCUCAAAACAUGUCUUUUGAUCCUUUACAUGUCCGGGAGGGUGCGCAGCGAGAGUAUGGAGAGUGGUUCACAGCAAAUCGAGCAUUCUCGACACAGGACCAGCUGCCCGAAGGGGCGACCAUAAUGCCCAUAAUAGCUGCGUCGGACAAGACACCAGUCACAAGACAGACGGGCGGUCUGGAAAUGCACCCUCUUUUCCUCACUAUCGGCAACAUCGACUCUGACAUUCGUAUGAAGGCUACAUCCCAUGCUUGGCGAUGUGUAGCAUAUAUACCAAUCCCCAAGUUUGAAACACAUUCUGAUUAUCACACAAUCCUGAAGUCGCAUGUCUGGCACAACUUAAAGGUCGCAGCAAAGACCUUCCAGGAACAAUUGAUGAUCGCCUCUGUGUCAAAGAACGCAUCCCCCAUCACACUGGCCACUCACAAGCAAUUCGGGGAUGCCAACCGUCACGAUCCUCAGCACAGCGGAACAUACCUUGGAGCUAUUUGGUGUAAAGAAGUGGUCGGAAGCGACGAGCUUGACGCACUGCUACAAGAGUCAUCACAACGCACCAUUGUCGCCAUGAUUUCGGGUGCUGCUCCCCCUGAAUUUGUGCAAGCUAUUCGUGCUCUCAUCGAUUUCAUGUAUCAAGCGCAGAACCCUGUCCAUACAGAAUCAAGUAUCGAGGCAAUGCAAGCGUCACUUAACGAAUUCCACGAUUGCAAGGUGGCAAUCCUGGAAGCUGAGGCACGUCGGGGAAAAAGCAGCAUCAAGGAGGACUUCUACAUACCAAAACUUGAGCUCCUUCUGAGCUUCGCAGAGGCCAUUAGGAACAACGGUGGAUUGAUUCAAUUCACUGUGGAUGUUAGUGAACGACUUCUCAUCACACAUUGCAAAAGCCCUUUCACAAGAACGAGCAAACAGAAAGAUUUCAGCGAGCAGAUCGUCCACAUCCUUGAUCGUGAAGAGCGGAUGCGGCAGUUCGAUCUAUAUCUCCUCCUUCGCCAACACAACCAUGCUCUCGUGAAUGCCGUCGUUGAUGAAGAUGAGGAGCUGCCCCCAGGCCCAUACGGAAUCAUUUCACCAAGGGCAUCCUAUCCGACAGCGCCAAUGCAGCGCUUACCAGUCACUCGCUCUCCUGAUGGCUCAAAUCUGAGCUGGCCUGAUGUGAUGCGCACCUAUGGACUCCCUGAUCUUCGUCACAAGGUCACAGAAUACAUUCAGCGAUAUGCAGAUGAUGUCGAAGGGUGUUUCCGGAUGUUUAGCACCAUUAAGAUUUGGUCCAAGUUUCGUAUCCAACUGCAUUUGACAUUUCGCCCAUCAAUUAUCAUGCCUAGCCAAGCUGUCCAGGCCGAACCACCAAGUGAUACAUUCCCAUCUGGAAAUUGUGAUGCGAUUUUCUUAGACACGGAUCAAGGCGCAAAUAACCCUGGUUGUAAGUUGUUCCCGUUGCUCAAGUUCGCAUUGUAUUCCAGCUGGCCCCACCCCGGCGCUCAACUGCGAAGCUUCCUGACUUCCUGUUGCACCCCCUUCUCUAUGUCCAACCUUUUCAGUAUUGUAAAAACCCCCGAAGAUCUAGAGGACACUCGGUUGUGGAAACUUGAGAGGGUAUAUGCACCUGCAACGCAGCCCAAAACCCGCACCGGGUUUGUCAUUCCCAUAACAGAGGUAACACAUGCUGCAGAGUUAGUCCCAGUGUACGGAGAAAAGGUUGACCAUUCCUUGACUUCAGCGACAUCUCAGGAGCACUAUGACCACUUUUAUCUUAACCGUUAUGCGGACAAGGAGAUGUAUAACGCGUUGCAUGAAUCAUUGGACACUGAGUAUACUCUUUAG